AUGCCGGAGUCAUCUGCUCAGAAGCCAGACUGGUUGGAGGUUCUCGCUGCUCUGGGAGGUGUCAGGUUGGUUGGAGGAUCUCGCUGCUCUGGGAGGUUGGAGAUACUUCAUGAUCAGACGUGGAUGUCAGUGUGUGACGAUGUCUUUGACCAGCAGGAUGCAGAGGUUGUGUGUAGAGAGCUGGACUGUGGAGCUCCUGUACAGGUGCUGGGACCAGCUGCUUUUGACAAAGGAGAUGCUCAGAUGUGGACACAAGAGAUUCAGUGCAGAGGAAAUGAAUCUCAGAUUAACUUGUGUCCAGUGUUAUCACAGAAUCAGGACUGUUCUCGUGAUGAUCACCAGGGUCUUCUGUGUGCUGAUGCAAUGAAUGUGAGGUUGGUUGGUGGUCACAGUCGCUGUGCUGGUAGAGUGGAGGUUCUUCACAGAGGUCAGUGGGGAACAGUGUGUGAUGAUAGCUGGGAUAUGCCUGCUGCUGCAGUGGUGUGUAGAGAGCUGGACUGUGGAGAACCUGUAGAUGCUUUGAUCAAUUCUCAUUUUGGGCAAGGAUCAGGACCAAUCUGGAUAAGUGUUGUAUUAUGUAAAGGAACAGAGUCUACACUGAAGAACUGUGGAUCAGCAGGAUGGAAUAAACCUGUCUGCACUCAUAAUAAUGAUGCUGGUGUCAUCUGCUCAGGUAACACACACUCCAGACUUGCUGCUGGACCUCAUCUGUGUGCUGGGAGGUUAGAGAUACUUCAUGAUCAGACGUGGAUGUCAGUGUGUGACGCUGUCUUUGACCAGCAGGAUGCAGAGGUUGUGUGUAGAGAGCUGGACUGUGGAGCUCCUGUACAGGUGCUGGGAGCAGCUGCUUUUGACAAAGGAGACGCUCAGAUGUGGACACAAGAGAUUCAGUGUAGAGGAAAUGAGUCUCAUAUUUCAUUCUGUUCAGUGUCAACAUACAAUCACAACUGCACCAGUGACAAUAACGUGGACAUGAUAUGUUCUGGUUAUACAAAAGUCAAACUGAUGAACGGUUCAGACUCUUGUUCUGGAAGAGUGGAGCUUCAGUUCCUCAAUGAGUGGGGCACAGUGUGUGAUGCAUGCUGGGAUAUGAGAGCUGCCAGUGUCCUCUGUAGACAGCUGAAUUGUGGGAUUGCUGUGUCUGUUGUGGGAUCAGACUGGUUUGGAGAAUUCCUCUCUGGCUCUUCAUGA